GAUGGGAUCAAGACCAAUGGCGCCAAAAACCCUAUGAUCAUUGCUGCUACCAAUAGUCCCUACGCCAUAGACGAGGGCAUUCUUCGGCGCCUUAGCACACGCAUUCUGGUUGAUCUGCCCGAUGCUACUACUCGCAAGCCUAUUCUCGACAUCCAUCUGAAAGACGAGCCCGUCGCUGAUGAUGUCGAUCUCGCGGAGCUUGCACGGGCAACAGCGGAUUACACGGGCUCGGAUUCUGAGCGAGUUCGUCCCGGCUGCAGCGCGGUACGCCGAGCUAGAAAAUAUUAA